AAAGCACAUCAAGAUUAGGGUGCAGGCCGGAUUGGGCCGGAUUGAUUACGCAUCACUUGACGCCGUCUUUUGAACAACUAUAUUUCACCUUCAACCCAAAGUCUCUUGUGCCUUGAUGCACCAGGAGCCUCAAGAAAACAGCUAUCAGAAUGAGGCCCGUCCGCGCACCAAGGGGCAGAAGCCGAGGUGGCAUGAUGAGAGGAAGUAGUAGAGGCGUUCCAGGAAGGGGAGCUUCCUUUUCCAGAGGAAGAGGAUCGGCGCCGCAUUUUCCCCAGAAACGCGGCUCCUUUAAUAAUGUUUCCAUUGCCGCGCGCAGCACCAAACGCAGUUACGAUGAAGUAGCUCCUUCAAGAAGCACUACUUCUUACGAACACCAGUCUAGCAGCUCGUCCAGGCAUUAUGGUGAGCCAGCUGAAAAGUAUUACUCGUAUGGAAGCUCUAACAGCAACCGCGGCAGCUAUAAGCUGAAAUAUACAAAAUAUCAAACGGAGUCCUUAAGCUACCACCAUCAUGAUUCUCAUCGUUCUCCUUCUCCCCGCCGGAGGUCCCAAUCUGAACACUACGAAAGUGAGGCUCCGAGCCACCGAAGCAACAGCAGCCACUACAGAGGAGACCACCAGGAGGAGCGGUACGAUAGAUCCUUUGAAAGAUUCGAAGAGCACCGCCCUCAAGAACGAUACCAAUCCUCUCGUGACCCGUACAGGGAGGAGGUGGGGGAAGAGCCGCUAGAGCCUCCACCUCCCCCUUUGAUUUCCAAAACAGAGGAUUAUCUGCCAGCUCCCAAAGUGAUGCCCCAGAGAGGCCGGGGAGCAAUGCGAGGAGUGAAAAGAGCACCAUUCAGGACCUACGGCUCAACAACCGUGGUGUCCUCGCAAAAGGCAGCGCUGCUUGCCAAGAAAAAAUUGGCCCUUGCCACGGGCAGAACGUUCAAGAGGCCCACCUUCACCAAAGUUGUCAGACCGAGGGUUUUUGAAGUUAACCCUGAAAGUCCUGACCAGGAUCCUGAAGCUAAUGAUGACGCUGAUGACACUUACACACAGCAUAGACCCAACCUGGUGCCGCACAGUCGAUCAGGGUACAAGUUCAUACCACUGCAGUGUCCCCAUUGCAAGCUGUCAUGCACAACCUUCCACCAAUACAAGAUACACUUGACCAAGAAACGGCAUAUCAUAGCAAUGGUGAAGGUGGAAGCUGAUAUCAAACAGAGGGUGAUCAGCAUGCGAUCCCAGCAGAGGAAGCAGCAGAACCAGGAAGAAGAAAAACCUGACCCAGAAAAACCACUGUCGGAAUUCACCUCGUUCUGCCCCACUUGCAAACUUAACUACCGUCAGAGUAAGGAGAUCCAUGAGAGCUCCAAAAUGCAUGUUGAAAUAAAACAGUUCCUCUAUCCAACAUGCAGCACUUGCAAUAUCAAGUUUAAGUCAGCACGCUUUUAUGAACAGCACUUGUGCAGCUUGGAACAUAUAAGGACUAUAGCAGCCAAGAAGGAAACGAAGAAGGAUAAAAAAGACAAUGGGGAUGAGGUUGGAGAAAUUGAUCGUGAAGCGCUGGAUAUCCUUGAAGGUUUCAUGGUGGUUGAUUCAGUUGGGGAAGAUGAUGAUGAUGAUGUUGAGAAGGAGGAGCUCCAUGGCGUUGAUCGUAUCAAGACAGUUGAGGCGCUGUUCUGCGAGCUUUGCCAGCGUUUCCUGCCCAGACUUGAUGACGUAGAUAAAGCCAAGUCAGUGCACUGCCGCAGUUCAUUGCACAAGAAAAACUUUGAAGUCAGUGAGAAGACGAAAGCCAGACGUGCCGAAGAGGACAAGUCCAAAGAUAAGGAAACUGCUGUAGAGCACACACAUGAAAAGGAAAAGCCUGUUGCUGUGCAAGAGGAGGAAAAGGACGAAAUGGCAGAUGAUGAGGCUAUUUGGCGAGAUGUUGAGCGAGAUAUUGGGGAACUUCUCAAAGACAGGAAUGAUGAUGUCAACUCAAACAUUUCCGCUGAGGAUGUACAGCUAUCCCCCGUCUAAUUAAUUAGGUGUGCAUGUAGCACCAAUAAUUGGUUUUUAGAUAUUAUUUUUCAAUCGGGAGUGAUUUUCAGGAAAUCCUAAUCAAAACAUACCAUUAUCAACUACAACUUGAGGUCUCAGCCGCGCAAUUUUGUGGUGGUGGCUGGUUGAACGACUUAAGCCAAAAUGCAGCCUUGUGGCUGAGCAUUUUUGGUGGCGGCUAAGACUAUUUGUUAAGUGGAGGUCCAUUUAUAAUGAUUAAAUAAGGGCCUGUACGGUCAUAUCCCAAUAAUUUUCUCCAGCAAACUUUCGUUUUUUUUUUCAACUUCUAAACCAGCGGCCGGCCACUUGACCAAACUUAGCUGGCUGGUGCAGUGCAGCGCGGCUUGCUGAGACCUCUCGACUAUUAGUGCUUUAUAUAUUGACUCCAGGUGAAGAACUGGUGCUUUUUAGUUAUAUAUUUGUUUCCUUUCUACGAAUGCGAAUGAUGAGAAUUGUAGAACUCCAUGAAUAAAAGACUUCAAAUACAUA